AUGUUUGAGACAAAAGAAAAAUGGGGCAAGUUUAACACUGCAUGGAACUAUUUGAUAUUGUCAUCGACUGAAAAGGAAUACAAUGAUCACCUUGCAACACUACAUAAGGAUUUCAGUAACUAUCCGGAGGCAAUCAAAUAUGUUACUGUGAGUUGGUUGAGUCCGUAUCAAGAAAAAUUCAUUGCGGUACAUACAGACAUGUGUAUGCAUUUUGGCAAUGUUACAACCAAUCGGGUUGAGAGUGCUCAUGCUAGAUUGAAGAGGCAAUUAGGUUCAAGUCAAACGACAUUUGAGGUUUCAUUUGAAAAAAUACAUUGUCUACUUGAGUUACAGCACAUUCAAGUUAAAGCAUCAUUCGAGAAAAGUUUGACAACUGUACAACAUCAAUUCAAACCUUCUCAAUUCAGAGAGCUCCGGGGUAAUGUGUCUAUUUGUGCAUUGGAGUACGUGUUAGCAGAGAGUAAGAGAGCAAAUUCAGUUGGAAUUGAUGUUGCAACAUGUGGGUGUGUUCUUAGGCACACACAUGGUUUACUUUGUGCUCACGAGAUUGCAGAUUACACGAGACAAGGCCGUCCUAUUCCACUCAGUAGCAUACAUGUACAUUGGACGCGCCUUACUAUAUGUGUGCAUAAUCCGAAGGAACAGAAGUUGGAAUUGACUUGUAUCCCAGAACUUGAGUUGAUUUUAAAGCGGUUUGAAGAGUCUGAUAUUGCCACGCAAUUGGAUAUGUUAAAGAAGUUGAGGGAAAUUGCAAAUCCAGCGAGCACUUUUCUUAUUGAGCCCGAUGUGAAACGUAAUCCACGUCGAGGACAUAAGAAAAUUAAUAUAUCUUGUCGUCGUGACCCGUGUGCAUUUGAGUUGGUUGACGAUGAGCAUGAUAGCCAGAGCACAUUAGCUUCCAGUCAGUCAAAGAAAAAGAGAGCUUCAAAAGUUCAUGAGAAGAAGCGGAAUGUGAAGACAAAGACAUAUCAUACAAGAACAAGUUUACCGAGUGCAUAUGCUGCUGACUUUCCGCCUACAUUAAUACCAUUCAUAAAGUUGAUGAAGGAUAUAGAUGGUGAUGGGAAUUGUGGAUUUAGAGCUAGUGCAAGUUUACUUGGUCUUGGAGAGAAUGACUGGGUGCAAGUUAGGCAUGAUCUGCUACUUGAAUUGAAUAAUCACAGAGAUGAAUACGUCGUACUAUAUGGGUCGCAUGAGAGGUGUCUCACUUUCUUACCUUUGAGAUCACUGUCGGUAACCCUAGUUGAUAGUCGCGAAAUUGCCAUUGGAUUUGUCAAUGGAAAUCAUUUUGUGCAGAUAUGUAAUUUUUUGGAUGUAUGUGCAAGUGUUUUUGGAAGCCGGUCAUCCAGUUCCUCCCAUCACCCUUGUGCGUCAAAAUGGGAGAAUGCAUAUGUUAGCCGCGUUCAAAAAUUCAAAGACAACAUAGGACCUAAUGUAGCUACUCGAGAGACAUUUGAUGUAGUUGACAUAGAUUGA